AUGAAGUAUAGUGUCAUAUUGGAGUUGCUCUGCUACCGAGCGGACAACAUGGAUUCGUACAUGAUCUUAGCUGCUGUUCUACUUGUUUUGCAGGCAAUCGUGGCUACUAUAUGCUUUGGUCGAAUGGAAGCAGCUCUCAGACAGCGAUGGUGGAUGCGAACUCACAAAUAUUUGAAUCCUUGGAAAAUACCUGGCAAAACACCUCGUGAAAUAAUGAGUGAGCGAUCGAUUCCACCGCUUGACAUAUUAAACUUGCACGAGAUGAGAAUUGACUGUUAUGGACAACUCAAACACUGUCCAUCCUUGCUGUACUACCUUGCAAACAAACACGAAAAAGAAUCAAACGCCGUAUUCAAAGCACCAAAACGAUCGGCUGAGAUGUUGCCUAGUGAAUCCGAUGUCGUUGGACAGCUAGUCACUGGAAGUGCGGACGCAAUUCGUAAGAAAUUAGUGGUUGAAAUGGAAAGGCAUGCAAAUAAGCUUCGAAGGAGAUAUGAGCUCGAAACUUACAAUGGAAGAAGAAGCAACUUUAAGAGAUUCGCCACAGACAGAAUGAACGGACUUGGACAUCAUCGCUACGCAGUGGAUCCUGUUACGUUAAAACAGCCGCAGAAACUCUAA